UCCACUGAGAUUUAACAAAGUCCAGGGGGGCCCAAGGGGGGCUGCUGCAAGCAAGUGUGCUGACCUCGAUGUGGGACUGGUGCCACCUGUGACAACAGGACCCUGUUGCUGUCUCUGGGCCAGUGAACAUCCAGGACUAUGACACUGCUUCACUGCCAAGAUGCUCACUGUUGGCUGCCUCUGGCCUCACCUCUGCUCUCUCUGGGGUCAAGCUAUUUUUUGAAGUGCUCCAAGGACACGAGUUGUUGUUGCCGAUAAGCAGUGAGGGGCAGCUCCGCCCCAGCAGGAACAGCAUGUUGGCUGGCCUCCCAACUGCCUCAGAAAACAUUGUCCAGUCUCGGUGAUCGGCGUCCCUGCAAACCUGCAGCAAGCUUGGUGGUGGUCCCCACGAUGCCAUGGUUGUGCAGGCUGGUGGUCUACACGUUGCUGGGUCUGGGGUCCCUGCUAGUGGGAGGGCUGCCCCAGCCUUGUCCCCCUACCUGCCAGUGCUACGACACCUCCAAAGUCUUCUGCUCAGAGGAGAGGAUGCGGGAGAUCCCAGCGGGCCUGCCAGGGAAUGCCACCCAGCUCUUCUUCGUGGAGACAGCCCUGAGCACCAUUCGCAGUGGAGCCCUGGGCUCCAGCACCACCCUCACCAAGCUGGUCUUCCUCAACAACAAAAUCCAGGAGCUGGAGGCUGGCGCCUUUCAGGGGCUUCCCAGUCUCGCUGAGCUGGAGGUGUCAGGCAACCCUUUGCCAGUGGUCAGUCCAGGGAUGCUGGUGGGGCUGCUCAGCCUCAGCAAACUCACCCUGCGUUCCAACAACAUCCGCUCCCUGCAGCCGGGGCUCUUCACCCCUGCCUGCCGCCUGAAGGACCUGCGCUUGCCAGGGAACAAGAUUGAGGCACUGCCCACUGGCAUUUUCCACCCACUCCGGCACCUCCAGACCCUGGACCUGUCACAGAACUUCCUGGCUGAGCUGCCAGCAGGGCUGCUGACCCCUCUUGCCACCCUCCGCCUCCUCAAGCUCAGCGACAACCUGCUGGAGCAGGUGCCCCCUGGUGCUUUUGGGGCACUGGCCCAGCUGGCCGAGCUCCACCUGGAUGGUAACCGGCUGAAGGAGCUGCCGGCUGGUGCCUUCACUGGGCUGGGGGAACUGCGACGGCUGCAGCUGCAGCACAAUGCCCUGGGCAGCCUGGCCCCCGACAUCUUUGCUGGUCUCCCCAACCUCACCUUCCUCAGCCUGGAGGGCAACCGCCUGGCCACCCUGCCCGCUGCCCUCCUUGCCAGCACCCCUAACCUUCUCCACCUCUCACUGGCCCGCAAUCAGUUGGAGACACUGCCCCUGGGACUCUUCUCCAACCUGUCGGUGCUGCAAACCCUGGUGCUCUCUCACAACGCCAUGGUCCAUCUCCCCACUGGGGUUUUCCAGGGGUUGGUGGAGCUCACAGCACUGCAGCUGAGCCACAACAACCUCUCCAGCCUGCCAGCCGGGCUGCUGUCUGGGCUGCCCCUCCUCACUGCUCUGGCACUGGACCACAACCUCCUGGCUCGCUUGCCCCCAGGGCUCUUUGAUGACAAUGAGGAGCUGGCACGCUUGGGGCUGACCAACAACCCCUGGGCCUGUGACUGCCACCUCUCCUACCUCCUGGGCUGGCUCCAGCGAUUCGCGGAGCCCCUCACCCACGCACAAGCCUUCUGUGCCAGCCCAGCUGCCCUCCAGGAACGGCCUCUAGUGGAGGUCACCCAGCGGCAGCUCGAGUGCCCAGGGAUGCCUGGUGUUCCCCUGGAGGACGGCUGGAAUGGGAUGCCAGAGGGAAAUGCUCCAGGGCAGUGCACUUACAGCAACCCCGAGGGCACUAUAAGCAUGGCCUGUGAUGCCGUGAGCUGCCAGCAGCUCAGUCUUCGCCUCCCUCCUCCUCUUUCUGGGCCAACAGCGAGGCCAGGGCCAGUGUACCAGGGCACCUGGAUGCUGCGCUCCAACUGUGGCACACUGCAUGUCAGCAUCCUUGUCACAGCACAAAGCGCAGAUGACGCCACAUUGCCAGGCCUCCCUGCUGCGCCCUAGGGCCUGGGCAGGCAUCCACUUCUGCUCUCCUUUGGCCACCUUUGAAUCACCUCUGGGAACAACACCUCAUCUUGUUCUGCUACCCCAGCCAUGGUAACCAGCUAUCUCCAAGCUCUCCACAAGACCUGUCCUGGUGGUAUUUAUUCUCCCAGCUAUAUGUU